CUGUUAGUGUACGACUGCAUUUAUAGUGCUGGUGGAUAACAUGGGGUAGCUCUGGUGGGCCGGCGCUGCUUGUACCUAGGCUGUACAGUUGCGACCCCUCGUUACACUUAGAGGUGCCUCCUCUCUUCACAGCUGCAACACAUAUCCAACCUGAACCUCAGAUAAAAUGUCAACAAGACCAGCCGGUAAGGCCGGUUCCUGGUAUGAUGGAGAUCCCGAGUCUCUUGAUGAACAACUAGACGAGUUUCUCGAGGCUGUCCCAGACGCUAUUGACGGCGUGUCACUACCUGUCACUGGCGCUCGAGUGAUCAUUGCCCCACAUGCGGGGUAUUCAUGGUCUGGAAAGUGUGCUGCAUGGGCAUACAAGUCGCUCGACCUGUCCAACAUCAAGCGUGUGUUUCUGCUUGGCCCGACUCAUACCUACGCCUUUGAUGCAUGCCAUCUCUCAACUUUUGAGAAAUACAGUACGCCAUUUGGAGACCUGACGGUCGAUAGGAAGGUAAUAGAUGAUAUCAAAAAGGAGGGCGAACGACUUAGCAUCCCAACCGACGACAUGAAGAAAGGAAGUCCUCGUGAGCCCCGCCGCGGAGGAGAGGUGCACGAACAUUCACUGGAGAUGCAUCUUCCGUAUCUUUACAAAAUGUGUGAAGAAAAGUUUGACGACCCAAAAUACUUCCCCGUUAUUGUCCCUGUGCUGAUUGGCAUGCGGUCUCGUGUCGACAACAUGGGCAUGGACUCGAAUCAACAAAAGAAAGCACGAGAGGCCGAUGAGAAGGACCACAAAGAGAAAGAAGCAAACUACGGGCGACUGUUUGCACCAUACCUAAGCGACCCAGGCAAUGCCUUUAUUGUCAGCUCUGACUUUUGCCACUGGUCCUUCUCCGCAUUUGACUACGCCCCAUAUAGCCCAACAAACGACCUCAACAACUGGACACAUUUGUACCCCGGUGAUCAGACGCCCAAGGGACCUCCUAUUCAUGAAACCAUCAAAUUCUUUGACACUCAUGCUAUGGAUACAGUAGAGAGCGGCAGCCAUGCUGGGUUUUGCGAGAGCGUCAAGUUUACAGGCAACACCAUUUGCGGCAAACAUCCUAUCGGCACAAUGCUAGCAGCCCUGGAGGAGCACGCAAAGAGCCAGGGCAUACAGGAGAAGAUCAAAUUUAAAGUCGUCCAGUACGAUAGAAGUGGUCUCGUGACAAAGCCAGACGGCCACAGCGUGAGCUACGUUUCGGCGUAUGCUGUUGUAUAACAUAGAAGGUGAUGGGUACUACCAAGGGGGUUGUAGCAUAAAGUAGGGCCUUACAUAGAGCAUCUGAAACCAAAUUGAUCCAUAUUUUCCUAUGCGUGUCGAACAUAGGCCGACGGGAAACAUGACGCACACGUUUGAGCAGGAAUCCCACUUCUUUUUCAGUUUUCUAGAUUGGACGCUGUGUUUGGCAAUUAAUGUGGCAGAAUGACGCAGCCUGCUGUUCCAUAUGCAAAUUGGAGCUAGAAACGGAACAUAGCCGAUGUGUAUCAACAGACAGCAGCUCUCCCAGGCUGUAACUGAGAAUCCUGAUGCGGCGCUGACAGGAGCGAGCGAGCCUGUCACGGCGUCGUGACAGCGGAUACGACGACGGUGGCCAACGUCAUUCGCCUCACUGCUGCGACAACGUCCAAACAGGAUGCGAGGACCCUGCCGCUCAGCUCGUCC